AUGGCUUCCACAGCUGUGCCCUCCAAGGGCAACCCGGCCCUGCGGAGGACGGUCACCUCUACCACCUGCGACUCGGACUCGGCCCCAUCCACCACUGUCGCCUCUCCCUCCGACUCGCCACGCCCGUCGGCCUCGUCCACCUCCCUCUCGUCCAUGUCCUCGCUCGAUGCCACCAAGGAGAAGGUGUCGUACGGCAAGCUGAUCGACUCGUACGGCAACCCAUUUGAGGUCCCAGAUUUCACCAUCAAGGAACUCCGCGACGCCAUCCCCAAGCACUGCUUUGAGCGUGAUGGUGUCAAGGGCAUGGGCUAUGUCCUCCGCGACAUGGCUUGCCUCGCCACCACAUUCUACCUCUUCCACAACUUUGUAACGCCAGAGUACAUCCCCUCGUACCCGCUCCGCUUCGCGCUCUGGGGCCUGUACACCGCCAUGCAGGGCCUCUUCGCCACCGGCCUCUGGGUUCUGGCCCACGAGUGCGGCCACCAGGCCUUCUCGCCCUCCAAGCUGUACAACAACGUCGUCGGCUGGGUCCUGCACUCGGCCCUGCUCGUGCCCUACUUCUCGUGGCAGAUGUCCCACAGCAAGCACCACAAGGCCACCGGCCACCUCGAGCGCGACAUGGUCUUUGUGCCCCGCACCCGCGAGCAGCAGGCCACCCGCCUCGGCAAGAUGGUCCACGAGCUGUCCGAGCUGACCGAGGAGACCCCCAUCUACACCCUGCUCAUGCUUCUCGGCCAGCAGCUCAUCGGCUGGCCCAACUACCUCAUGACCAACGUCACCGGCCACAACUACCACGAGCGCCAGCGCGAGGGCCGCGGCAAGGGCAAGCACAACGGCUUCGGCGGCGGCGUUAACCACUUCGACCCCCGUACCCCUUUGUACGAGAACAAGGACGCCCACCUCGUCGUCCUUAGCGAUAUCGGUGUCGGCCUGACUGCUCUUGCCCUGUACUUCCUCGUCCAGAAGUUCGGCUGGACCAACAUGCUCGUUUGGUACUUCAUCCCAUACCUCUGGGUUAACCACUGGCUCGUGGCCAUCACCUUCCUGCAGCACACCGACCCGUCCCUGCCCCAUUACACCGGCGAGGAGUGGACCUUUGUCAAGGGCGCCGCCGCGACCAUCGACCGCGAGUUCGGAUUCAUCGGCCGCCACCUGUUGCACGGCAUCAUCGAGACGCACGUCCUGCACCACUACGUCAGCACAAUCCCCUUCUACAACGCCGACGAGGCCACCGAGGCCAUCAAGCCCGUCAUGGGCCGCCACUACCGCGCCGACGUCGCCGACGGCCCCAUCGGCUUCAUCAAGGCCAUGUACAAGUCCGCCCGCAUGUGCCAGUGGGUCGAGCCCUGCGCAGAGGCCGAGGGCCCCGGCAAGCACGUCAUGUUCUUCCGCAACAGGAAUGGCCUGGGCGAGAAGCCCGCGAAGCUGGCCCCGGCCAACUAA